CCCCGGUUCUCCGGGCGCCAGAUAUGGCGGUGGAACAGCACCAGCCUCGCCUAUGCCAACGAAGGACCGAUUCAUUUCGGGUGAACGAUUGUUGGCCAAUCAACAGCCGAACGGCAACGCGACGAGCGUGCACGAUGUCAAGGAACAGCAACGAUACGGCGGCGGUAGUGGGAAUGGGGAUCGUCUCCUGUCGGGAUCGUCACCAGUGUUGGGAGCCCUUCAGACCAAUCUACAAAUCGACCGGAACAUCCUUGCUGGUUACGUCAGUACGGGAAAAGAUUCCCCAGCAUCGAGAUAUGGAACUAUCUCAACGGAUAGAUUAUUAUCGGCCUCGCCGAUUCACGCCCCGGUACCCGAAAGAUUUGCCGGAAAAUCUACGUCCGAUAGAUACGGACACGGUGGCGAAUCACCUAUCCACGAACGAUAUCACCGUUCCCAACAAGAGACAUCGGCGAGCCUGCACCACGAUCGUUACAACUCGAUCGCAACAAGCGGCGAAAGAUUUUUCCCGAUUCCCACGUCGAAUAACGAAGGGACGCAUCAAAGAUAUUCAACGACUGAGAGAUCUCUUCAGGUACCGAACGCAACCGAUCAGAAUAAUAGACGGCUCUAUGCCGAUAGAUCGGUCGAAGGUGUUUGCCAAAAAUAUUCCGAAAGGACGAACCAAGUUGGUUCGAAUCAAGUUGGUAACGCGGAAUAUGGUAGAUACUCGGCCUUUCAAGACGUCAGAUUCAAUGAGCUCGCAUUACAAAGAGCCUGCGGACAGGGACGUACAGGAAACGAGAGAUUCUCCGUCGCAAGCGGGGUCGCUUAUCUCACGGCCUCGUCACCAGGACACGACGGUAGAUCGUCGAAUGCCGGUGAAACGUCGUCGUCGUCGUCUAAUAGGUACGUCGUCACAGACUCGAAUCCAACCGAACGUAUCCUGGCCGCGACGUCGUCUUCACCGUCGUCGUCUUCGGAAACUGGAGCGCGCUAUCAUUCGCCGUACACGAAUGCCAAUGGCAUCCAAUCGUCAUCGGCGACGACGAACAAUGAUCGGUGCUUCUCAUCGAUUUCACCGACCCCAGAAACGUCAGGUUCGGUACUCCGUGGAACCGUUGCAAAUACUGGACCACCACCUGGAAGCUAUCAAAGCACGGCAAAGAAUGGAGAUAAGUUCCUUCAAGUGUCGAAGUCGGUUCAGAGCUAUAACAACGACAGAUAUUCGCUCGGGAACGAGCAUCAGUUUGACAGAUCGGUUCAAGACCGAUACGACAGGUUUCCAGGGUCAGGGGGGUCAAACGAUCGAUUCUCAUCGUCUAAUACCACUCCUGACCGCUUUCACUCUACUUCUGAUCGAUACUCUCCGGCACGUAACGUCACGGACAAGUACUUGUCUCUACCGAAACCAAAAGAUAGGUUUACCGGUAGGAUAGCGCCGAUCUCUAGCUGCGCCAAUUCUUCCGUCGUUCCUACGUCGACCGAUAGGCCCUACGGAUCGUCGAGUACAGGCACUUAUGUACCGCCGACGGCUCACACUCCGGUCGAACGGUAUGUGCCGCAACCACCUCCGGAGGUGCUCUAUCCGGACAGGUACGUGGACAGGUACGUACCACCGGUUGCCCAUACCCCAACGGAUCGUUACGUUCCCACCAAUGACCCCGGCGAUCCGUACAUGAGGAGAGAUUUGGGCUUCCACCAUCAUUACCGGCUACCACCACCAGCCGGAUAUCCGUACCACCAGGCGCACUUCCGGUUCCGCGGUUUCGCCUACGCGUCACCGGCUCGUCUAGGUGGAAGUCCAGGCUCCAGUAGCUCAAGCAGCUCUGCAACGUCAAAUCAAAGAGGUGGUGCUGGAGGAGGAGGUGUUGGUGUAAUAGGAGGAGGAGGAGGAGGAGGAGGGGUAGGUGGUGUUGGUGGUGGUGUUGGUGUUGUCGGAGGAAGUGGUGGCGGCGGCAGCGGCGGCGGAGGAGCAGGAGGUGGCAGUGGUGGAGGAGGAGGUGUAGGAGGAGGUGGAGGUGUAGGUGGCGGUGGUGGAGGAGACAGCUUCUCGACGUCACCGUUGCUCAGGCCAAAGUUACGCACGUCUGCGGUUGAAUUUACGACUAAUUCUGCUGGCAUCGUAGCGAGACACGUUUGCGCCAAUCCACCAGCUUGCUGUAACGAAGCUACAAAUCCUAAUGGACAAAGGCCAUGCUGUCAACCAAUAAGAAGAUCCCUCCCACCUGGUGCCCUGCCAUCGAUACCGGCACAAUCAACUCAUUCCUCUUGGCAACCGUCACCAAGCUCUGGCACGACGGUAACAUCAACGAUCUCAUCAAAUGGCGGAGAUGGCGAUGGCAAUCAAGUGAUCGGCAUGUAUGCUGUUGGUACAAGCGUUCCAACGUCGACGGAGACGUCAACGAUAACGCCGGUAACGACAGCGUCCUCGUCUAUCCAGAUGACCGGAAAUACCGCGAUCGGUACUCAUUCAGUCACAAAUAUUACGAGAAGCGUGUCCGCACCUACGGCACCAAGGCCGCACGUUCAAAUUAAUAAUUCGGCCAGUGUUUCUGCUAACAAUUCGCAAAGGCCAAGACUAAGAAGAAAUAUGAGUCGUACCGAAGCCAUUCGAAAUUACAUCAAGCGUGAAACCGCACAAUUCUUUGGCGUCGACGAAGAAACCGAGACCGCGGAAAAGCAGAGAUGGUUGGAUAGACGACGACGAAUGGCGUCGAGGAAGUACGGUGCUCUGGUGCCGGAACAUAGACCACCGGACCCAGAUAUUACGAGGGACGUACCGGAUACCACUGACAUACCCGAGGGCGUGACAUUGAGACGAUGGCAACAACCUGUACGUAGGAAAGAUUCCGUAGCAAGGAUGACACUGUCGGGACUUCACUACGUGGUAGAGUCACUGACGAGACAACGUCCAAGAGAAAGAUCUCGAACGAGGCCAGAAUCUCGAAGCUUUCCGCCAAGCGUAAUUGCCUAUCUGUCAAGGACAGAGGGCGUAUCAUCCCCGGAAAACGGCCAGGAAGAAGAAGAAUCCUUUUUUGAAAGGCCGCCGCCUCCGCCACCGCCAUUACCGCCGCCAGCUUUGACAACGAGUCAGCAACAAACCCAAACGCAAAUCGAACAGACUACUGGGGGAUUGACUAAAGCUGAGGAUGUCGAUGGCAAAAUUGAAAUUCGAGAUUCAACGAACGAACGUGAGACGAGCGAGGAAUUGGUCAGAUUCGCACAGCAAAAUGAGGAGAGGAGUACGAUCGACGGACAAGUUAGGAGACCUCAUCAGGUCACGAGGGACCAUUAUACUUCAAGAAAUUACAGAAAGACAAGUUGGAGCAGGUCGAAAUACGACGGCCCAUUGAGAGAGGACACAAGGAUGCAGCAAGAGGAUGGUGUAACUUUGAGAAGGGAAAUGACCGGUGGUACAAGAAUCUCCCCUAGUACCAUCGAUCGUGUCUUCGAUAAUAGUAAUCGACGUCAAUAUGGCAUGGGAAUCGUUGGUCGAUUUUUCGGGAGAUCCUUUCGGAAGAGUAUAACCAACAAACCGGAAGUAAGAAAGCAACUGGACGAUUUUGAGGAUCACAGACCUUAUUUUACAUAUUGGAUCACAACCGUGCAGGUUCUCAUUCUGAUAAUAUCUUUAGCUUGUUAUGGCUUUGGACCUGUUGGGAUGGAACUUAAUCAUAGAUCAGCGAGAGUUUUGGUAACGAGCUUGUCGUUACAAGAAGUCGAUUAUCAAGAGCCUGCAAAUUUCUGGCUUGGACCAAGAGCCGCCGAUCUGAUACAUCUUGGUGCAAAAUUUGCUCCGUGUAUGCGCCGAGAUAUUAAGAUUUUGAAGGAGAUCGACAUUUGGAGAGAAAGAGAACGCGAUACCGCUUGCUGUAUAAGAAACGAUGAUUCCGGUUGUGUGCAAUCGAGUAAAGCCGACUGUUCAGUCCGAGGAUUGAAAUCAACGAUUACGAACACGAUAUCGACCUGGAAAAAAUGGGGCCCUGGAGACAGUGGACCUGGUGGACGAAUAAGUGGAUCCGUUUGUGGUUUGGACCCAAAAUUUUGUGAUGCUCCAGCUAGCAUAGCCCCAUACGAAUGGCCAGAUGAUAUCACUAAAUGGCCCAUCUGUCGAAAAACUAAUCCGUUCAGUCAGCGCUACAAUAAAAAUUUGAAUCAAAGAGGAAAUGGAAAUUUUCCGAUCGGUCGAUACAAAGACAAAAUGGCGGAGCACAUGGUUUGCGAGGUGAUAGGACAUCCCUGCUGUAUCGGUAUUCAUGGAAUGUGUCGAAUAACAACGAAGGAGUAUUGUGAUUUUGUCGGUGGUUAUUUUCACGAGGAAGCAUCCUUGUGCUCCCAAGUCGAAUGCCUCCACGACGUUUGCGGUAUGAUACCAUUCCUCCAUCCUGAAUGGCCAGAUCAGUUCUAUAGAUUAUUCACUACGACCUUCCUUCAUGCUGGAAUUCUACACCUGGCUAUAACUCUACUGAUUCAAUAUUUCUUGAUGAGAGACUUGGAGAAGCUAACGGGCUCGUUGCGUAUUGCUUUGAUCUACUUCGUGGGCGCGUUAGCUGGAAAUCUGGCCAGUGCGAUAUUCGUUCCUUACAGAGCGGAGGUUGGUCCAGCUGGAGCACAUUUUGCAUUGCUCGCCACUCUAGUCGUCGAGGUCCUGCAUUGCUGGCCAAUGCUGAAACAUCCAAGGCGAGCACUUUCAAAGUUAAUCUCCAUACUUUUGGGUCUCCUAAUACUCGGUGUUUUACCAUGGAUCGACAACUAUGCUCACCUCUUUGGCUUUAUCUUCGGCUUCCUUGCGGCUUACGCCUUCAUGCCUUUCAUAUCUUUCGGGCACUACGAUAGACGUCGUAAAAUCUUUCUUAUUUGGGUUUGCCUCGUGCUCAUAGUCGGUCUCUUCGUUCUCCUUCUUACUCUCUUCUACAACGUCCCCGUCUACGAGUGCGAGGUCUGCAAGCUCUUCAAUUGUAUACCCUUUACGCGCGACUUUUGCGCCUCGCAAAAUAUCAACAUCAAGAGGGAAGAGCCCGUAUGACACACGGGGCCGCGGUUCAAAGUCGAGCGCGAAGUACCGUUCGGCCCCCGAUCCUACGCUCGUUCUCAUCCUACAACAACGUUAACAACAACAAAAACAACAACAGCAACAACAGCAACAAUAACAACAACAAGCCAAGAAUUCUCGAUCCAACGGAUUCUCUUAGCCUUUUUGGCUAUAAUCCUCUCGAAUCCUCCGUACAAUCGUCAUCUAGAAAGAUCUUUUUCCUACGAUACCUGAAGGAUUGAUCGAGGCCGGGUGUUGUCUCUUUUUUCUUAAAUUGUACAAAAAAAAAAAAAAAAGAAAAAUGAAAAAAGAAAAGGAAAGGAAAGAAAAGGAAAGUAAUGUUGAAGCGUAACAUAGUGUCUCGAGAUCCGAUAAAAUGGCGAAAGAUCGACGACGAUCGAAAGGAUCCACCAUGUUGUUUCGGAACUUUCUUCCAUUAUUCUUCGCCCACUGCCAAGGGGAACGCAAACUGCGAAGAACGAUUACAAUGGCGACUAAUAAGAUCUCUCGAGAUGAAGAACCGACAUAAUGCCUUAAACAAGUAUAAUCGCGUACUCUCUCGUCGUUCUUCUCCUUCUCGAGUAAAAAAAAAAAAAAAGUAUUAAAAUUCUCGAUUUUUGGAACGAUAUGAGCCUCGAUGGAAUGUAAAUAUAAUAUAUUUGCGCAUUAUUAUAUAUUAACGUUCCAACGUUUUCUUUUUCUUUUUUUUUCUCUCUUCUUAUUUUUUCGACGAGAUAUCACGAAUAUAAUAAGCACGAUCUUUUUGUGGAUUCGUCGAGGAGAUAAUUGCCGAUCCGAGGGAAUCCGUUGAGACACGAGCGUUCAUCUCUUUUGGUGUGUGUUAAUAUUAAAAGAAAAAAUUAAAAAAGAAAAAAAAACCAAAAAAACAAAUAAGGAAAAGAAGGAAAGUGAGUGUAAAUAGAAUAAAAAAAGGAGAGAGAGAGAGAGAGAGAGAGAGAGAAAGGGGAAAAAAAAAGAGAAGAAAAUAGAAGAGUGGAAAAGAGAACGGGGGGGAGGUGAAGAAAAGAAAAAGAAAUAAAACAAAACUCUUGUUAAAUACGUUCUAAUGCUCUAACGGACGCGACGAUUAAUGAAAAUAAUAAUUAUAGGGAGAAUCUUUGAAAGUGUGCACGUCUUUUUUUCGUCUCACACAGCACGGCGUAGCCGUAUCUCGUAUGAUGUACCUCCGACACACUGGAACUAUCUGUGAUGGACCACACGAUCGACUACGGAGAUAUUUUUAAAUAGUUGUACACGAUAGAUAGCGAGAGUGCAACACAUCAUCGUGAAGGCUCGAGGAAUCGCCGAUAUAUAAGAUGAAUUGUUAGAGAGAAGAGCUUUUGAGGUCGGAUGAGCUUAAUUUUAAGAGUCGGAGGGGAGACACGCGACACAAGGAGGAAAGUGUUAAAAAUUAAGUCUACGAUGAAACGAAACACAAUUUUUUAUAAUGGCGCGAAGAGAGAGAGAGGGAUAUCAGAACUCUUAAUCAAUUUUCGAAACUUGUACAUAUAAUUAAACAUGCGAGAGCGAGCGAGAGAAUGAGUGAGAGUGAGAGAGAGAGAGAGAGAGAGAGAGAGAGAGAGAGAGAGCGAGCGAGAGAGAGAGAGAGAGAGUGAGAGAAUGUGAAAAAAUGAGACGAGUGGAAGCGUGUUUACGCGAAGCGUUUAAGUCGAAUCGACUAUGGUUAACGUAAUAUUGUAAAUGUGUAUUUUAUUAUAACGGGUAUGUAAGAUGUAACUGGCAAAAUAAGCAGCUGAUCCGAGAUCCGCGAUUUUAUUCGUCUCUACAGCUUAACGAGUUUUAAGGCGUGUUUGCGUUUAACAAACUAGAGCUAGCGAGAACAGAAGACGGAAAUAAAAUGUGCCACAAUGUGAAAAUGAUCAAGCAAGCAGGUUGAAAGGAUGAUACGGCAACGUUUUUACGAGGGUGAUUGAAUGAAACAUUUUUCGAAAGAUCACUUAUAAAUAUCAUUUUUUAUCUCCAUCGUAUCAAUGAAUUAUCGUCUUGUAAUAAAUCCUUAAUCGUUAAAAUCUUUUUCAUUAGAAUCGUAAUUGAUUUUUCUUUUCUUUUUUUCUUUUCUUCUUUUUUUUUUUUUUUUGCUUCCUCUCUUUUUU